UUCUUCCUCCUUUGUUCAGUUUGUUUCUCUACAUUCUUCUUAUUCUUUCAAUCAACCGGCCUGAGUUUCCUUGUCUUAAUAAAUAGAUCCCGAUGCUUAUAAAUACUCAUCAUCUCUCUCUACUCUUCGUUAUUUCAACAAAAAGAAAGACGACUAGAAAAGAAACACUAAAACCAAGAUAAGAAAAAUGCUUAAUAAUUCUAAGGAAUUUGUUCUAAGAUCUGUUGCUAGGUCUAAUGGUGGAACUGGAACCAUAUCUGAAGCUAUUGCUUCCAUUUCUCAAUAUGGACAAGUUAUGGCUAAUGUAAGGAGUUAUGAAGGAGAUUUGGUAUUGUCUAAAUCAUAUGUAAACCAAACAUCAUCAACAAAAGCAAUUAACGCAAGAAUUAUCUCCAAGAAGAAGGUUAUGGCUAUGGCUACUGUCUAUCGUGAUGGUGCUAGGGAAGUUGUAGCAAAAGAAGUUGGUGAUGAUGAGGAGGAUAAAGAAAACCAGGGUUUUCCAAGGCUGUUAUUGCGAAAGAAAUCAUACUUCCGAGAACAUCUUGAAAGGGGGAAAGAAAGCCAGGGCUCUUCACCAGCAAUAGAUAUGAACAAACUAAUUGGUAAUCUACACUCAACACUUUUUGGGGCUCCUAGACCUGCGCCUUCACAUCAAAACUUAGAUGGAGAAGAUAAUGUACCCAGGAAAUGAUGAACGAUUUUUGUGAUAACAAGAAUGUGGUUAACCUUGUAAAUAGCUAUUCAUGGAGAACCAAGGAAAUUACUGAAGCCAACAAGAUUUUCUUUAAAUUUUUUGAUGACAUACUUCAUGUUAAUAGACCUCAGUUAGUUUUUUACAUACUUCUUGUAAAAAGCUUUUCCUAAACACUUUUAGAUAAGGGCAUGUAGUAUUCUUCCCUUAAAUUUGUAAAAACUUUUCCUCGCAUCAAUUUGGAUGUUGCAGUUUGACCUACCCUAUUUUGUGUCUUAAAUUUGUUAUGGCUGAAAAAGCUGAUAUUUGUAUCCAAAACAUCCACUGAUCAUCUUUGUUCAAUAGUUAACAUUACAGACCAAGAUAACCAGUCCAAUUCCCUAA